AUGGAUUCUCACCCACAAGAUGCACAAGAUGUAGAAAAGAAUGAGCAUCGUCCGAACACCACUGCCGAAACGGACGACAAGCAGGAGUAUCCCCCCUUUUGGCAGCUAGUUCUCCUAACUACCGCUCUCUGCAUGGCUAUGCUUCUCGUCUCCUUGGACGGCACCAUCCUCGCCACCGCCAUCCCCCGCAUCACCAACCAAUUCGACUCGCUCGACGACGUUGCCUGGUACGGGAGUUCGUACCUCUUCGCCGUGUGCGCUCUGCAACUGAUGUACGGCAAGUUCUACGCUAUGUACUCCGUCAAAUGGGUGUUCUUGGCUGGCGUCGUCAUCUUCGAGAUCGGCUCCCUUAUCGCUGGCGUUUCCCCCUCCUCGGCUGUUCUUAUCGCUGGAAGGGCUAUUUCUGGCAUGGGCGCUGCGGGGAUAUUCGCCGGCGCUAUUAUCAUCCUCGCGAGUGCGGUCCCAUUGAGGCAACGCCCGGUUUAUACUGGGCUGUUGGCUAGCAUGCACGGUGUUGCGAGCGUGGCUGGUCCUCUUAUAGGAGGCGCGUUCACCGACCACGUAACAUGGCGAUGGUGCUUUUACAUCAACUUACCGCUGGGGGGGACCACCAUUCUGUUCCUGAUCCUCUUCCUGCCAGACAAGCCGCCAACAAAGCCCAGCUUAUCCUGGAAAGAACAGAUCAAGCAAUUCGAUCUCCCCGGCACAUUCUUCCUCAUCCCCUCCGUCAUCUGCCUCCUCCUCGCUCUACAAUGGGGCGGCGCCCAGUACCCCUGGCACGACGCCCGCGUCAUCACCCUAUUCAUCGUGUCCGGCGUACUGGCCACCAUCUUCUGGUGCGUCGAGCUGUGGCAGCAAGACCGCGCCACCGUCCCCCUGCGCAUCCUAAAGAACAAGAACAUUGUAGGCGGCGUCUGGUACGGCGUGUGCGUCGGCGCCGCCCUCUUCAUCUUCACGUACUACCUGCCGAUCUGGUUCCAGGCCGUCAAGGGCGUGUCCGCCACCACCUCCGGGCUGAUGAACCUGCCCAGCAUUUUGGGACUGGUCGUCUUCUCCAUGAUAGGCGGCGCCCUCGCCUCGGCGCUGGGCACGUUCACCCCGCUGCUCCUCGCGUCCUCCGCCCUCACUGCCGUGGGCGCGGGCCUCCUCAGCACGCUGCAGGUCGACUCGGCGAUGGGCUACUGGUUCGGGUACCAGGUCCUGCUCGCAGCGGGCGCGGGCCUCGGCGCGCAGAACGUGAUGCUCGUCGCGCAGGUCGCGGUGCCGGCCGCCGACAUGGCGAUGGCGACGUCCAUCCUGUCGUUCACGCAGACGCUCGCGUCGUCCGUCUUCCUCGCCGUCGCCCAGACCGUCUUCCAGAACCGGCUCGUCGGGAACCUCGCUGCGAGCGCCCCUGAAAUUGAUUCGUCGUUUGUGGUCAACGCGGGCGCGACUGCGAUGGGGGAUGUUGUACCGCCGGAGCUGCAGAGGGCCGUGCUGGAGGCGUAUAAUAGUGCGAUCAUGCAGACGUUCUAUGUCGCGGUUGCGGUCAGUGCGUUGUCGAUUUUGGGGCCGGUUUUUAUGGAUUGGUUGUCGUUGAAGCAGCAGGAGAAAGAUACGCCUGAUGGGACGAUAGAGUAGAGGGGGCUUCUGUGGAUGCUGGAGCGGCUGGGGCUGGAUCGAAAGAUGAUAGGUGGUGUUAUAAGUGUAGGUAGGUAUGUUUGCAUGGAGUUAUACGAUAGAUAAAGGAGGAAACGGCAUAUAUAUGGGUAUUUUCUUUGGUAUUGCACUUUUGCGAUUUUCUUGUUCUCCUUUGGCUUUAUCGUCGGGAGUCACUAGUUUAAUUAAUAUCAUAAUAAGUUGAUC